CGCAUCUGCCGCUGACGCGCAACAGGCUGCAAAGCAGAGCGCAGUGUGUGCAACAUGGUCAUCUCCCCGCGCGCUAUACACCCACGGGCACCCGGCAGUCUGUCACUACCAGGCAGGCACACGUGGACACCUUUUCGGCGCAUUGAGAGGUUGAUGUAAGAGGGGAAAAGAGGGCGGUGAAAGUGUGCAGUGCCGGGCCGGGCUAGGGUCGGACGCUGCUGUUUUCGCUCUUAGCUCCGCGCCUCACACGUGCAGACGGUGCAGUGCUGAACGGACACAGUUGGCGACCUCCGCGCACUCGCUGCCAGCUUUGGUGAUGCCAUGCCCAGGAACCACAGCGGAGACGAAGGUGGCGGUGGAGGCGGUGGCAGCGGGCUCUGGAUGAGAGCCUCACCCAGGCACCAUGGCGAGGGCUACGGCGUAAAAGAUGUGGAGUCCGGGCGGAAGAUGAGGAUGAACAAUGCAGGAGACGGGUUGCUGUCCCCUUCUGCCCCCGCCAACGCCAGCAGCGGCACCAACGCCGCCGGCGGCCGCGGCUCGGACAGUCUGGCAGGGAAGCAGGGAGCCCGACUCAGCCUCCUGGGGAAGCCGCUGGUGUACAGCGCGCAGAGCGGCCGGAGAAACGUGCGCUACCGGCGGAUCCAGAACUACUUAUACAACGUCCUGGAGAGACCCAGAGCCUGGGCGUUCAUCUACCACGCGUUCGUGUUCAUCUUGGUUUUCAGCUGCGUGGUCAUCUCAGUGUUCUCAACCAUCCCAGCUCAUCACGACUUCUCCUCUAGCUGCCUACUAAUUCUGGAGCUUGUAAUGAUUGUGGUGUUUGGAUUGGAGUAUAUCGUCCGCAUCUGGUCAGCGGGAUGUUGCUGCCGCUACAGAGGAUGGCAGGGCCGGCUGCGCUUCGUCAGGAAGCCCUUCUGUGUCAUAGACAUCAUAGUGUUGAUUGCAUCUGUGGCGGUGGUGUCAGCAGGCAGCCAGAGCAACAUGUUAGCCACCUCAGUCCUGCGGAGCCUACGUUUCCUGCAGAUCCUUCGGAUGGUGCGGAUGGACCGGAGAGGCGGCACCUGGAAGCUGCUGGGAUCUGUGGUGUAUGCUCACAGCAAGGAGCUGGUGACUGCCUGGUACAUCGGCUUCUUGGUUCUGAUGUUCUCUUCGUUCCUCGUCUACCUUGUGGAGAAUAAGUCCAACAAAGAGUUUGCAACUUACGCUGAUGCCUUGUGGUGGGGCACGAUCACCUUGACAACAAUUGGCUAUGGAGACAAGACACCAAAGACAUGGACAGGACGGUUGCUGUCUGCAGGGUUUGCCCUCCUGGGCAUCUCCUUCUUUGCCUUGCCUGCAGGUAUUCUGGGCUCAGGCUUUGCCCUGAAGGUCCAGGAGCAGCACAGACAGAAGCACUUUGAGAAGAGGAGGAACCCCGCAGCCUACCUCAUCCAGUGUGUUUGGCGUAGUUAUGCGGCUGAUGAGAACUCGAUUUCCGUUGCUACCUGGAAACCUCACUUGAAGGCGCUGCAUACCUGCAGCCCUACAAAGAAGGAGCAGGGAGAGUCAACUACCAGUAAAAAUCAUAGUAAUAAGCAGAAGCUACUGCGGAGGUGUACCACUCGGAAACAUAGCCAGAAGUUAAGCUUCAAGGAGCGUGUGAGGAUGGCAAGUCCCCGAGGUCAGAGCAUCAAGAAUCGGCAGACAUCCUCGGUGAAUGACCGGCGUUCUCCUGUGGCCGAGAGUGGCACAGAGGGCACCAGUCCUGCCAAGGUUCAAAAGAGCUGGAGCUUCAACGACCGCACACGCUUCAGACCCUCGCUCCGGCUCAAGAGCCAGUCCCGCUCCACCACUGACGCAGACUCCACCGUGACGGGGGAAGAUACCUUUGAUGAAAAGGGCUGUCACUGUGAGAUCUCCGUGGAAGACUUGCUGCCCUCUGUUAAGACCGUCAUUCGAGCUGUCAGGAUAAUGAAGUUUCAUGUAGCAAAGAAGAAGUUUAAGGAGACCCUGCGCCCAUAUGAUGUGAAGGAUGUGAUUGAGCAGUACUCUGCCGGUCACUUGGACAUGCUGUGCCGUAUUAAAAGUCUGCAAACCAGGCUGGACAUGAUAAUUGGCCCACAGACCCUGAGCACCAGAGCCAAGACCUUUUCCUCCCCCUCCCUGUCUGUGUUUUACAGCCAGGGGAGAAAGAGCUCCAUCAGGGGAGUGGACCAGAUCCUCGGGAAGGGACAGGUCCCUCUGGAUAAGAAAAUCCGAGAGAAGCUGCUGUCCGAUGGAGACAUGUUGGAGGACAUGAGCAUGCUGGGUCGUGUCUGUAAAGUGGAGAGGCAGGUCCAGUCAAUCGAGUCAAAGUUGGACUCUCUGCUGGACAUUUAUCGGCAGGUGCUGCGAAAAGGCUCCUCUUCGGCUCUCACCCUCUCCUCACUGCCGCUGUUUGAGCUGGAACAGACCUCUGAUUACAACUCUUCCGUCUUUAGUAAGGACCUCUCCAGCUCCACUCAGGUCAGCUACGGCGGCGCGCCUCACCCGAGCGGCUUCGCCACACGUUCAUCAACCAACUCGCAGCUUUCCCAGGGGGGACUCCACCUCAUUCUGGCACCUCAGAGCGAGCUCAACCAUAAUCUCAACGCUUCAUCGUCCACGCCUCCCUCUGGCCUCGCAUCGUCCCCUUUUAGCCCGUCGCUGCUGCCUCAUCAUCAUCAUCAUCAUCUACAGCACCAUAAGCAGGUUCAGGCUACAUCACCUGAAAGCGGCACUGAUGAGGCUGUAGAGAGCUCCCCUACCAUCCUCACCCCGAACAGCACAAGCAGUUCUGGGGGCCAAGGAGUAGGAGACGAAGGCUUUCCUCUUUUGGCCAGGCUUCCUCCGCCUCCUUCCAGACAAAGCGUUGGCUCUGGCAAACUGGUGCGAGCAACCUCUACUGAGGCUUCUGAAACAAAGAGCUUCUGCAGGGGUCUACAGGACCACGCCGAGGACAACAGUGUCAGAGAGGACCUUGGACUUGAGUUUGGGUUGAGCACGUUAGGGCAGCAGUUAAAAGGGAGCACCAAUGCUAAUGGCAGGCUUAAUGCGAAGGAGGAGGGCUCCUGGAGGAGACAUAUGAGUCUGGAGCUGGAGCCACUAGUGCCACCAGUCCCAGCUUGUUGCUCUAGGCCCACCCAUACGGACCAAGGAAUGGGCAAAUCCAUGUCGGUGCAGGACUUGGUGGAGGUGGGUCCUGUCCACGAUGCACACCAAAGCCACAGCCUCUCUUCUCAAAGCCCAAGUAUGAGCAGUGACUCUCCAAUAGGCUUUAACAGCUGUUGCCAAGACCUUGGGGGAGAGAGUGGUGGUGCGAGAAGGAAAGGUCGAGGAUGUUGGGCUGAGGAGGACCUCUUCAUCCGUGACAGGGACAUGGAGGUGCAGGGGUUUGACUUUCUGUCAAAGGGGACAUCUGAGACUCACACCUUCUCUCUGGAGCGCCUGAGGACAGCAGACAGAGCCGGGGCAGGGACCCAGGGCUCAAACACAAGCCUGGUUAGUGGUCCUCCAUCGCCGCCCUCCACCGGCAGUGGCGAACUGCUGAACAUGCCCCACGUACGGCUAAAAUAGACCCCGUAAAUGUUCAGAAGACGCACAAAUCUCUCCUCAGAGACUGUUUUCGUCCUUUUUGAAGGGAGGUGGAAGUUUCACAUGGGGUCUUGUCUUCUUUUGUUUGUUUUUAUCUUGAACCUUUUUUUAAGAUUCUUUUUUUUCAUACAGGCUUAUCUUGUUGGCAUGAAUUAUUCUGUGUUUUAAUAUAUGUUUGAUGAAUCUGAGACAAAAGAUGAAGGCUUGAAAAAUGAGAGCACAGCUAUUGUGUUAAAUUAAGUGACGGGUGAGUCGGUGUGAGACCCCGCUAUAAAAGCAUGAGCUGCAUGUUUUCAGUCAAAAGGACAGAUGCGAAACUACACUUACAAGUACGAGCACCUAACACUUAACUAGUUUAUUGCAAGUAAAAUACUUGCUGUGUUUCAGGCCAGCUGAAACAGAGGUUACCUCAACACUGAGAAAUGUGGGUAUUUUGUUUUCAUAACCUCGUAUCCAUUGUAUGAAGUCAGGAUCUGACCUGUGUUGAUUUGCAAUCCAAGAAACACACAUUUCUCUUAAUCCAUGUUUUGUUUUUUAUUUGCUUUUUAGGCCCCUUUUUUGAAUAAGUUUUGGUUGUAGCUCAAUUAACAAAUCAAGACGAUGACAAGCUAUGCUAUAAAUUUUAGUAGCUCUAAAAAGUAUUUACAUCCCUGUUAAAAUGGCAGCUUUUUGAGAUCGUAAGAACCGAGACCAUGAAAAAUCCUUCCAAAAACGUUCAGAAGUUCAGAUUCAACAUUUGGUCUUUAACAGCCGUUCACGGUAUUUUUAAGCUGCUUUUGAAUCCAAUGAACUCACCCCGACAACACUUAAUGGAUUCAUUCUCUGAUUUCAUGCCCGACACAGGAGCAGAACCACGCAACUAAUCUCCGUAACAGACAAAAACACAGUCUGUCAGCUUCAAGCUGUACUGAUGUAAUAGUUGUUACUAUCAUUCACGUCUUCUUGAGUGGGAGGGGGUACAGAACAGCCUAAGCCUGUAAUUUCUAUCCCAGACCAAGUGAAAUAGCAAGUUUGUAAAAUAAACGUUACUUUUCAAUUGCUUUGCUGUGACAGAAUUGUUUAGCACAACUUAACAGAAAGACCAGAAAGAAGUCCACAUGUUGUUGCUUUGUGCUAUCCAGGAGCACUUAUGCUUUGUCCCAUUUGACUUCUCUGUGUACUGCAGCUCAGGGGAGGUCCUCAUGUUGACUUAAACACCAGACACUUCCCGAAGCUGCUGUGAAAACCUAUUGAAAGCAUAAUCUUGGGCAAUUUAUGCAGGUGUAUUUCAUUCAAAUUUACUUUCCUAUAAAAGUUUAACAUCCUUUCUGUUGCGCUGCAGACUGCUCUUCGUUGAAGGUGCAGUUAUGUGGACGGGGGAAAGGAGAGGCUGCUCUAAUGUCCAGAUCGAUUUUACACAGUUGGGCUGGUUCAGCCAUGGACUGAAACAUUUGUUGAAUGUCGUUUUCUGGUUUACAAAUUCUGUUUGUUAGAAGAUGUGUGAUAAUUUUGUUUCAGACACAAAUACCCUUUGUUGCUUUGUGCCGUCUGUUUUACUGUUGCUGCUGUUGGGGAUUAUGUCUGACUUCUUGAACUCAACUUGGAAUCAGAAUGUGUAUCUUAUCGGUACAAACUCAUGACUGCUUGAACUGCUGAGCAGUGAAAGUACAAUUUACCGCCAUCUUUCUCUUCCUGUUGCAUGGUGCACAAAUGGAUGCAGUGACUAGGGUUACCUUGUUUUUUUAAGAGGGUUAUCCAAUGCAUCCAAACCUUAAGUUUGCAGUACCUUGAUACAUUGUGUAGAUUUAUAUUAAACACCGGGGAGUGGGGAUUAUUGCGUGUGUGCAUGAGAACAGAAAGGGUAAUUGCCUUUUAAUCUGCCAGAUUGACAGAGCACUGCAUCUAUGUGGUUUUAGCUGUAAAAGUGACACAAUGACCCAUUUGUGCCAUUUAUAUAUAAAUGGCAAAUAAAACUGGCUGAGGAGAACUGAUAUGUAUCUGAUAUUUGCCCAACUGACUGGUGCAUCUGUUAUUGAAACUUAUUCUCCAAAUUUUUGAUAAGAGAAUAUCGGUAUCUAUAGGUAUCGUGAAAUUGAAGCUUUUCAUUUUGCUUAGAAUCAAAUCAAGCCUUCAUCAAUCUUGCAGCGUUUACCUUCAGAACCACGCCGACUGUGUUGCCACCAGUAGAUGGAGGUACAGCUAGUUGUGAAAACUGUAUCAACUUUUGCUAGUUUCACCAAGCUACCACAAUAAUUGGAAAAAGACCCUCCCAGGACAACAUCUGAAGGUCAGUUUAAAGUAAUUGUGUACAAAUGUUCCAACCCUAAUUUAUUAUGAUGCAGUUUAGCAAAUAAGUAAAUUGUAACUUUCAGUAUGUAUGAAAAGGACGCAAGGAGUUUAGUUAACAGCAUGAACACUUUUUUAUACACCCACCUGGAUAUGUUUGGUCAGCCAUAAGUUUUCUCUAAAUGAAAUCCGGUUAUUUUUUACUUUGACAUUUCAAUAUAUUUUGCAUGAGGAGGCUUUCAUGUCCAAAUGGAUCUUUAACUGAGAAUGACUGCACGUUUUUUACAUCCCUCGGUAUUUUGGGGUUAUAAAUAGUUGCAUCAAAACCAACCAAGCUCUUUUUUUUAGGUCGACAAAAAUAUUCAUUACAUACUGUAUACUGGUGCCUUGAUUUUUGUGGUACAUCUGUGUUUAUUUAGUUUCCUGAAAGGUGCAUUUGAUUCCUCACAAAAAGUCACUGCACUCCUAAGUUUCUAUCUUUGCGGUGUAAUGCUUUUUUUUAUUGUUUUUUUUUUCUUCUUUUUUUGCUAGUGGGCAUAAAAUGGGCAACUGCCAUAUUAAGGGUUUGUCUUAUUCCUUUUAAUUUAUUUAAAUUAUGUCCACAUAUUUACACUUUAGUAAUAAUCUUGGUUAGAUUAAGAAAGCCUGUAAUGUAAUGAAAAUGCAAAUGAACUUUGUCUCAUUCAUGAAUAAAUAAAUUCCUCAAGAAGC